AUGUCCUCCACUGGUUCAAAGCAAAGCAUCGAUGAUCUCAAGGAUGAACGGGACUUCAGAGGCGAUUCUGAGAAAUUCGAACCCAAAACCGUCCAGGAGGAAUAUGGGGCCGCUUUUAUCAAGAAAACGAUUCGCUUAAUCGAUUGGAGGAUGUUACCGUUGCUCGGUUUGGUAUACUCUGUCGCCCUCGUUGAUCGAACCAACCUUGGGGUUGCUCGCACCGCAGGAAUGCAGGAAGACCUGAGACUCGACAUAGGCGAGCGUUAUAGUAUCGCCUCCAUGGUCUAUUUUUUUCCAUAUACCUUGUUUCAAAUUCCUGGAAACAUUAUUCUCAGAAUGAUAGGUGCUCGUGCAUGGCUGACCAUAUGCGUUGUUGGGUGGGGUGCUGCACAAUUGGGCAUGGCCUUUGUGACAAACUGGGGCGAGCUCUCUAUCGCCCGCGUUUUCCUUGGUGCUUUCGAGGCGGGAUUAUUCCCUUCUGUAGCGUUUAUUAUUACGACGUGGUAUACACGCUACGAGGUUCAAAAGAGACUCGCAAUCUUUUACCUAAGUUCCAUCGUGGUCAACAGCUUCAGUUCAAUCAUCGCUUACGGAAUUACCAAGCUAAAGGGGAAAGCGGAUCUCAAUGGAUGGCAGUGGAUUUUUCUUUUAGAAGGAAUCUUCACAAUCGUGCUGGGCAUCCUUACAUGGCUCUACAUACCUGACUUCCCUGAUAAGAGCCGCUUUAUCAAUGAAAAACAACGUGCGAUGAUUUUGGCUCGUGUAGAGGAAGACAGAGGAGACUCGGUUCCGGAUGAAAUGACGGGGGCAAAGGUCAUCCUACAUCUGAAGGACCCCUUGGUGUAUAUGUAUGCACUUAUGUUCAUUGCCACUACAAUGCCCGCAUACGCAAUUGCGUUUUUCUCCACUAUCAUCAUCAAAGGGAUGGGCUACUCGGAGAAAGCCGCCCUCUUGCUGACUGCUCCGCCCGGUGCCUUUGCUGGCGUUUCAUGCUUCUUCUUUGCUUGGCUGUCCGACAGGACUAAAAAACGUGCCAUAUGGAUGGUCUUACAGAAUUUUAUCUGUAUUAUUGGUCUUUUCUUGACCGCUUAUGCUACAAGCAAUCCUGUGCGGUACUUUGGCCUUUUCCUUGUCAAUGCGGGAGCGACGGGAUGUGUACCCGGUGUUUUGGCUUAUAGUGCGAACAAUAUAACAACCCACACCAAACGGUCUGUCCAAACUGCCUUCAUCAUUACAGCUGGUGGCAUUGGAGGUAUUAUGGCCACGACUAUCUUCCGACAGCAAGACUUUCCUAGAUAUCUUAACGGCUUGUGGGCUACCGUUGGCCUACAAAUUCUCAUGAUAAUACUUUUAGCUGUAACAACCUUUAUUUUCACGCGUCGGAACAGACUUCGCAGGGAAGGUAAAGUCGGACCUUUGGAAGGCCAGGAAGACUUUUAUUACACGCUUUAG